CACGUUACCCUCCUUCUAAGCUUCUUCAUCGUUCUUCAUCCUCCUCCUAAAACCCUAAAAAUGGCGUCUCUGCAACUUCGAAGACUCUUACUCCGUUCCGUCCGUUUUCGCUCCACAUCAUUCAUUUCUUCAUCUCCAGUUCAACCACCUCCUCACUCCUCCCACCAAAUCCCUUCCAAUUUUUCAUCACAUUUCCAACACUCAACCAUUUACACUCCACCUUCACUCUUGCAGACCAAAUUCUUCUUAUCGCAAUCAGACUCAGAAUCUGUUUCCCCAACCCAAACACUCCCUGAAGAAUCAGUUCCAAUUGCCCGCGCAAUCUCAUCGGAGCUUCUCAAAGAACCAGAAUCGGAUCCCAAUUCUGUCGCCCAGCGACUCCAACUCAGUUUUUCCCAUAUCACUCCAACGCCUAGUUUGGUUCUCCAAACUCUAAAUCUCUCCCUUGAAGCUGGCAGAACUGUAUUGGGGUUCCACCAAUGGCUUGCUUCGAAUCCCAAGUUCACACACACCGACGAAACUCUAUCUUACUUCAUCGACUACUUUGGUCGCCGGAAAGACUUCAAGGCCACAAACAAAGUCCUUGCCAGCGGCGGGGCUGGGUCCAAAACCUUACUAGCGGCAAUUGACCGACUUGUUCGCGCUGGUCGCCCGAGUCAGGUAGUUCAGUUUUUCGAGCGAAUGGAGAAGGAUUACGGUUUGAGGAGGGAUCGGAGUUCUUUGAAGGUGGUUGUGGAGAAGCUUUGCUUGAAGGGUUAUGCGAGUUACGCGGAGAAGAUGACGAAGGAUUUGGCUAAGGAAUUCUUCCCGGAUGAAGCGAUGUGCGAUUUACUGGUCAUGGGUUAUUGCAUUGAUGGGAAGAUUGAAGAAGCUCGGAGACUUGCCGGAGAGAUGUAUCGUGGAGGAUUUGAGCUUGGUGUAGGAGCUUACAAUGCCAUGCUUGAUUGUGUCUGCAAAAUCUGUCGCCAAAAGGAUCCAUUUAAGCUUGAUUCUGAGUCUGAGAAAGUGCUUGUUGAAAUGGAUCAUCAUGGGGUUCCACGGAAUGUGGAGACAUUCAAUGUGUUGAUAACGAAUUUGUGUAAGAUUAGGAAGACUGAUGCUGCUUUGGGGUUGUUCUUUUUGAUGCGAGGGUGGAGAUGUAAUCCCAAUGAGACUACUUUUCUUGUUUUGAUUAAGAGUCUUUAUCAGGCUGCAAGGUUGGAAGAAGGUGAUGGAAUGAUUGAUGGAAUGAAAUCUGCUGGGUUUGGUGCUUUUCUUAAUAAGAAAGCUUAUUUUGAUUUUCUUACCAUUUUGUGUGGCAUUGAGAGGAUCGAUCAUGCUUUGAAGAUCUUUGCUAUGAUGAAGGCUGAUGGGUGUGAACCUGGGGUUAAGACUUAUGACUUGUUGAUGAAGAAAUUGGGUGCACAUGAUCGUGUUGAUAAGGCUAAUGCUCUAUUCAAUGAAGCUCGGGGUAGAGGAUUGGAUGUGACUCCAAAAGAGUAUGCUGUUGAUCCGAGAUUUAUGAAGAAGAAGAAGGCUGUUAAGAGUGAGAAGAAGAGGGAAACUUUACCUGAGAAAAUGGCUAGGAAGAGAAGACGCUUGAAACAGAUCCGGCUGAGUUUUGUGAAGAAGCCCAAGCGAAAGAUGGGUCGAUGAUCUUAUAUUUUGCACCCUAGGAAAAGAAUUCUCUGUUUGAACAUUGUUUUUCAUUUUGUCAUGAUUAGUGUUACUCUUCCGUGUGCUUGGAUGGUGUAACUUAAGAGAGGAAAUAAUGUGUUGAAAGAAUUUAAAAUGCCGCAUAUCCCUGUAUUUUGAUCUAUCCCUGUAUUUUGACCUGGUAUUUCUGGAACCAGAACCAGAGAAUUUAAAUUAACACCUUAUUGCUUUUUCAUCAAA